GUCGAGUAAACACGAUUAUUUUGUAACAAGCGUGAUAUUAUUUAAUAUGGGUUAAUUUUGAAUUUCGCGCGUCAUUAUGUUCGUCAGGUUGGCAUCAGUUGAAAGUUAUGUAGUGCCACCAUCUGUUUGUUUAAUGGUUUGUGUGACUCUUGCGUUUUUAAUUAGGAAUAAUUUAAAGGUUUUUAAUACAAAAGUUUAGGUUAAUAAAGAAAUACGAGGGGUGUUGAUAACGUUAUACGAUCGCGAGAAACUAAGAAAUUCCACAAUGCAACCAUUAGGGGAAAAUACAGCAAAUACACCAGCUUUUUUAGGUAAAUUAUGGAAAAUGGUUAAUGACCCAUCUACGGACCAUCUGAUUUGCUGGAGCCCGUCUGGCACUAGUUUUGUGAUACCAAAUCAAGCUCAAUUUUGGUAUGAGCUACUUCCUCUCUAUUAUAAACACAAUAAUAUGAGUAGUUUCGUGAGGCAGCUAAAUAUGUAUGGUUUCCAUAAAUUGUCGACUGUUGAAAAUGGGACGAUGGAUUCUGAUAAAGACGAAAUACAAUUUUCGCACCCAUUUUUUCUUAGAGAUCAACCAGAAUUGUUGCGUAAUAUUAAAAGAAAAGUAUGUAUGUCUAGACGGACCAAGUCGAUAUGUACUGAAAUUGAUUCACAGGCAACCACUUCCAAAGCUUCUAAUGAAAAUGCUAAUAAACACGACGAAUUAUCUAAAGUUUUGAACGAUGUUAAGCAACUGAGAGGACGUCAGGCUUCUGUUGAUAGUCAAUUAAAUGCAAUGAAGCAAGAAAACGCGUUAUUGUGGCGAGAAGUAGCCAUUCUUAGACAGAAGCAUCUAAAACAACAAAAAAUUGUUAAUAAGCUUAUUCAAUUCUUAGUCACUUUGGUCCAACCAUCUAGAAUGACCGUCGGCGUAAAACGCGGCUAUCAAUUAAUGUUGCACGAAAGCCCCAGUAAAAAAAGUAAAGUUAGUAAUAAUAAUAAAAAUAAUAGUAAUCCAGAAGGACCGACCAUCCACGAAUUAGACAGCGAGUUGGACUUAACACCGAAUCUAUACGACGAUGAUUCGCCAGUUGUGGACGGAACCCACAUCGAAACGAAUGACGUGAUCGACAGCCCCGCUGCUUCUGUUGGUUCUCAACAGACAGAUCUUAAUUCACCAUUACAAUCUCAAAUGUUGGUCGAGGACACUGGAGAAGAAAGUACAUGGGACAAACCGGAAUAUGUGACUGUGGGGGCGGUUGAGAACCCAGAAGAUUUGGUUUUGACAGAUCCAGAUUUAAGUGAGGAAAAUUUGAUAAGUACUCUGGACAACGAGCCGACACCUACCACAACAAAUAACGGCACUACUCCAGUUGAUCAAAAGGUGUUUUUGAAUCCUUCGACACAAGAUACUUUAUUGAGUAAUUUAAUUAAGAAUAAUUUCACAGUCAAAUCAGUUGAUAAAGCCGCCAAGUCAAGUAAAGUUGAUGCAAAAAUACUUGAUGCGGUGGCGCCCCUUUCACCUACUCCUGUGACCAGUAACAAUAUGGCUAUUGCCACUCGUGAUACGAAUGUGUGUGAUUUAAUUAAGAGUAUGCCAAGUACUAGUGAUUCUUACAGCAGUGAUUUAAAUACCCAUGUGGAAUCGACUCAAAAUGAACUUGAACAGUUCAAGGAUAUUUUGAACGGAUACAAUCCAUUUGUUGAUGCCAAUGCCUUAUUAGGGGAGUUAAACAAGAUCCCUCAAAACUUCAAAGAUGUCUAUCUAUUUAAUGAUGAUUCUCCAGUGUAUGAUCUGAACAUAAAUGAUGUUAAAAAUGAAAGCUUAGUUGACCCUUCUGAUCCCUUAGUUUCGGGUUCGGAGUUGGCUCCCUAUGGAAGUAGUUUUGAUUUUACGGAAUUACUAGAUGAUUCAAUUGACGGAGAUAAUAAUGCUACUGUUUGUGCAACGGAUGAAGUUGCAAAUUCAACAAUAAACACCCCACAAAUCCUAGCAGAGGAGCCGGUUUUCCCUCCUGCACAGAACGUUAACAAAAAAUGAAUUUAAGCUGUAAUAUAUUUUUGAGGAAUUAAGGUACAAAACGGAAACAUCGUGGGAGUUUAAUCAAUAUUACGCAUGUUAAACGAGCGUAUAGCAUUUUCAUUGUUUUAAUAGUCAUCUUAAUUGUAAACUCAAGACUUUUAACUAGUAUAACUUGGUAACAGGAAACUAUUGUGACUUCAAAGUGUGAAUACCUAUGUGUAGAUUAUUUUCAUAAGUAUUUUUCCAUAUGGACUAUUUGAAUAAGUUUUGUUGGAAAAUGUCAACCAUCUCGGCGAGUUUAGUUAUUUAAAACUGAUUAAGUAUAGUGUAAGGCUUUUUUGUAUGAUUUAGUCAAAUUAAUUGUUUUCAGUACAUAUAAAUAAUGCUAUUUUUGUAUCUGUAAUGUAUUUUAGAGUAAUCUGUACAUUUUAAAUAACUGCACUGUCCCAUUUUCCCUGCAAUAGUUGAUUUCACACUGAAUGUCAUUUGCUUCAAGCAGUAUAGAAUUGCAGCAAAAAAUCAAUCAUUGUAACUAAAUUAGAUUUAUAUAUAUAUAUAGUGGGAAGUUAACACCAAGUAAUUGAUUUUUUGGUGUAUAACAUAAUUGAUCAGAAAGGGCGCUUAUUGCUACUUUCUUGUAAGCUUUGAUAGGCGUCAAGUCAGCCAUUUACAAAAUGUGUUUAUCUUGUUGGUGAUCCUUAAUGCUAGUUUCCUUUUUAUUACAAGAAUAUUUUUUGUUACUCCUUGUUUUAUAUGUUUUCAUUAAAUUAUAACAUAUAUUACAAA